AUCUGAUUAGUAGAGCACCCUGAUCCUGUCAACAUGAGGUUUGAAGAGAUACUAGAUGACAUUGGUGGAUUUUCCAAAUUUCAAUUUUUGCUUUUGUCCAUCCUGUGUCUGCCCCGUGCCAUACUUCCCCUCCACUUUCUCCUGCACAACUUCAUUUCUGCCACCCCUCCUCACCAUUGCUCUCUCAGGAUACUGGAUAGCAGGAAUGAAAGUGUGUGGUCCUCUGGCCCUGAGACACUGGCGUCUUGGCUUCCUUACCAGGAUGACGGCUCUUUCAGCUCUUGCAGGGUUUACAGUAACCCACAAACCCGCAACCUCAGUCAAGACAACAGGACUGUAAUUUGUCCGGAUGGGUGGACCUACGACAAAUCACAGUUUAGCUCCACUACUUCCUCUGAGUGGGAUCUGGUAUGUAAUGACAAGCAACUGAAUCAAGCACUUGUCACCUACUUCUUUCUUGGGGUCAUGUUUGGAGCCAUUAUUUUUGGACAGCUUUCAGACAAGUUUGGUAGAAAGUACAUGCUUCUGGUGGCUUUAAUUGGCUCUACCUUGAUGGGAGCCAUCGCUGCCUUCUCCACAUCCUACAUCAUGUUUGCUGUUUCCAGAGCACUCUCCGGCUUAUCCCUCAGUGGGCUGUCGAUCAUUGGAAUAGUCCUCGGUAUCGAGUGGACAGAUAUGAAACACCGCACAUUUGCGAGCACCAUCAUGAGUUUGUCAUGGAGUGUGGGAAACAUGCUUCUGGCCCUACUGGCCUACUACAUACGAGAUUGGAGGCAUCUAAUGCUAGCAGUUACUGUGCCGUGUGCUGUUGCCAUCAUCUGUUGUGGGUGGCUACCAGAGUCUGCUCGCUGGUUGUUGGCUAAUGGCAGAACAGAGGAAGCAAAUAAGUAUUUGGUUCAAUGUGCUACAAUGAACAGGCGCAAUCAAUGCAGAACCAAUCUGGACACUGAGGUUCUAAGGAAGGUAACUCUCUCUGAAGUGGCUGAGAAGAACCACACCUACCUUGACUUGGUCAGAACCCCUCAGCUAAGGAAGAUCACUCUGUGCUCUGGGCUAUCGUGGUUUGCUGUUUCCUUCCUCUACUAUGGGAUCAGUUUCAAGAUCUCCGGAUUUGGUGUCAGCAUCUACCUCACUCAAUUCAUCUAUGGUGCUAUUGAAAUUCCAGCCAAAAUCCUCACCUUUUACAUAUUGGAUGUAAUUGGACGUCGAAAUGGCCAGGCAUGGUUUCUGAUUACAACAGGAGCUCUGAUUGGAAUAAACACUGCCAUACCUUUAGAGUAUUCUUUGAGUCGAACAUGCAUUGCUGUGGUGGCAAAGGGUUGCUCUGAGGCAGCAUUUACCACAGCAUUCCUCUACUCAGCUGAACUCUAUCCAACUGUACUCAGGCAAUGUGGUAUGGGCUAUACCUCCUGUCUCUGUCGGUUUGGAAGUUCCCUGGCUCCAAUGAUCAUGUUGCUGGAUGAUGUUUGGCUACUUCUACCUCCUGUGAUCUUCGCUGGAACUGGCAUCAUCAGUGGCAGCUUGGUUUUUCUGCUUCCAGAAACACUAAACAUCCAUCUGCCAGAAAACAUUCUUGAUGUUGAGGAAGGAAGGCACAUAAAAACAGAUGGAGAGGGAGAUGAGAAGAUUCAGCUGAAGCCGUUAAGCCAUGAAGACAAUGCAGCGUUACAGAAAAAUUAAUCUUGCAGCUUGUUCCCCCUAAUUAAAAGAUGAUUGUUCUUGUUAAGCUAUGGACACCUUGAGUAAAUUUGUUGUUUUUUGAUUUUACUUUGUUGACUUUUAAGAACAAGAUUAUCAUUACCUAAAUUUGACAUGUUACAUCUAAUGACAAACCAUUUUUGUGUUUAGCUUAUAGCAGCUCAGUAGAUGUCCAUAAUACAGAAUCAAAUAAGAUCACAAAACAUUUUAUUAUAAGGUGCCACUAUUUUUCCAAUGUAAAGCAAAGCCAAUGUCAAACAUUCAAUAAAUACUUUCACAUAAUUGUUCUUGAAUUAAGGGUAAUACAUCAAUUAACCAUCCAUACAUGGGGUUUAAUGUAUCAGCAGAAAGAACUGCAACCAAAAAACUUGUAUACUAUAUUUGUGUAAUCUUUUGGUAAAAGUUAAAACUAGUUAUAUAUAAUAAGAUAUAAUCUAUGGGGAGUUCUGAAUGGAACAGCUCUCCCUCUGAUGUAGAUGUGUGCAUUCACUUUCUGAUUUUUGCUAAAAUUGGAUUUUUUUUAGGUGGCUGUUCAUACUGCUAUCAAUAGUGACUGGAAUGAUACUUCUGUCUGAACAAAAUAAGGUAUAAAAAAAAAAAAAGCAGAACAGCUAUCAUAAAUGGUCUUUUGUGGAGCACUAACUGCUACUGCUGUGUGUGGAGGAGUAGUUGGAGCCAGGAGAGUGGCAUGAAAGAUGGAUAAAAUGACCAUUCCAACUGAGGAUACUUCCAAUAAGUAUCCGAAUUAGUACCACAUAUGGAAGUGGCACAAAUCGAUUUUUUUUUCUUGUUUUGGGUGAAAAGAUCAGAAUUAGGCUGUUCCAUGAAAAGGACAGAUAUAGGUCUCAUAUAGCAAAAAGAUUGGAUUUGGAUCACAUUUCCCUUCCGUGUGAAUGAAGGUAGCCUUUGUUAGAUCAAGACACCCACAAAGUAACACUUUGGAAGACAGAUGGCAAAUGAAUGGAAAAUACAUUCUUCAGACAUCAUGUGAGGAGAUCAUCCCCUUUGAGGGGUGUGUCUAAGCUUGGAAAAAGAGCAUGUGUAUUUGAGUAAGGGCUCUUUAUCUGUAAGAUGUUGCCUGAGUCACUUUGUUGUAAGAGUCCAGCGCUGUAACUUGUGAUUGUUUCUCUGCUAUAUUAGAAUAAAGUGUUAACCGAAA